AUGGUGCAAUCCGAGCUGUCGUCGGCGGCGGCGGCGGCGACGGGUGAUGGUCGUCGCAGGUCGUUAAAAUCCGAUCCAUCACACCCGAAGAUGUAUCGAUGUCGCAAGCGGCUCGACUUACAGCAGCAACAUCACAAAUGCAAAAGCUACCGUAGAACGUUCGCGGAGGUGGCCGAGUCGAGCCGAGAGUGCCGGCUUCCGCCGCCACCGCCGCCGUCGCCGUCGCCGUCGCCAGCUGAUGGCCGAAUCCCGGUGGAGGCGCACGUAUGCGGACCCCACCGGACAGCAGCACCGGAAGCGUCUUCCAGCGGCGACCCUUGGGAGCUAAUUACGCCGCACUGCACCGGCGGCGGGGCGGUGGGGACCCUGCCGCCCACCGUGCCCCAGUGCCAGCCGCGGAGGUGGCGGCCUCUGUCGGCACGGCGGCACCUCUUCUGGACCAUCGUGCUCUUCCUGUGCGCUGGACUGUGGACAAAAACCGGAUGCGACGACACCGAGCAGUUCCAGAAAAACAGGAAGUUCACACCAACCACCGCCACGGUCGACACCAUUCCAGCGCGCAUCGUGUGGGCCGCGAUCGAUCACGACGCCGAGCUACCGUGCGACAUUACGGCUCCGUCGGCGCAGGACGGCGUGAAGCUGGUGCUGUGGUUUAAGGAUUCCACCGGCAUCCCGCUGUACAGCUUGGACUCCCGCAGCGGCGUGCCGAUCUCGGCCGCCCAGCACUCGACGAUUGCCAACGAUCUGGGUCAGCGGCUGUUCUUUUCCGUCGGCGCGACGCCAAAGGAGGCGCGCCUGCAGAUUCGCAACAUCAAAACGUCGGACGGUGGCGUGUACCGGUGUCGGGUGGACUACUUCAACUCGCCCACGCGAAACUACCGAGUCAAUUUGACGCUGGCUGUUCCACCGGACGAACCGAGGAUAUUUGACGCCCAGGGAAAGGAAAUUUCAACCGUUGCCGGCCCGUUCCGUGAAGGCCACGAGCUGUUCCUGUCGUGCCAAGUAUCCGGUGGGCGGCCUCCUCCGCGAGUGACGUGGUGGCGCGAUGGGGUCGAGAUCUCCAGCACCAGCCACCCGUCGGCGGUCGAGGGUGCGGCGGCCAUGGUGAACCAGCUGUUCAUCAGCACCGUCACGCGGGACUUCUUCGGCUCGAAGCUGCAGUGCCGGGCGGCCGGUUCGAAGCUGGUGGCGGCCGUGUCGAAGGAAGUGUCCAUCCAAGUGCACCUGAAACCGCUGCGGGUGAAAAUUGUGUCGCCGAACGAGCUGCUGACCGCGGGCCGUCCGGUUCCGAUCCGCUGCGAGGCCUGGGGAUCGUUUCCGGCGGCCAAAAUCGUGUGGCUGCUGGACGGCGAACCACUGCGCAGUGCCGACAUCACGGUGCACACCGACAGCAUCGACGCCAAUCUGACCUCCAGCAUCCUGACGUUGCGCGUGGCGGCCGAAAACGAUGGUGCCGAGCUGAGCUGCCGGGCCUCGAAUCCGUGGUUUUCCGGCAGCGCCAUCGAGGACAAGCGCGUCAUAAGUGUUGCGUACGAACCCGUCGUGUCGGUGCAUCUGGCGAACGAGGAUCCGAGCCGCGUGAUAACGCGGGCCGAGGGCGAAAACGUCACACUCAAGUGCCGAGCCGACGCCCGACCGCCAGUGUCGUCGUUUUCCUGGUACAAAAACAACAUGCGGAUGUCCGGCGAAAAUGGAGAAACCUUGUACUUGACGCAGCUGGAGCGGGAAAGCGCCGGAUCGUAUGCAUGUGCCGCGUCGAACACCGAGGGCGAAACGCGCAGCUCAUCGUUAACGCUCAAGAUACAGUAUGCGCCACGCUGCAAACCGGGAACGGAGCAAACGUCGGUCGGUUCGCUCAACAUGCACUCGCUGCACGUCAAAUGCGAGGUCGAGGCCGACCCACCGGACGGGGUGCGGUUCAGCUGGACGUACAACAACACCCGCAACGUGUCGCCGGUCCUGAACUCGCGCAUCAGCUCGCACGGGCUCGUCAGCACCAUGACCUACCUCCCGCAGUCGGACUCGGAACUGGUGACGCUCGCCUGCUGGGCAAUCAACAACGUCGGCCGUCAGACGGUUCCCUGCCUGAUACACAUUUUACCCGCAAAGAUCCCAGAUACUCCCCGGAACUGCGAGCUGCACAACGACACGGUGCUGGAGGUGGUGUGCCAGGCCGGCGGCGACGGUGGUCUAAUGCAGUCGUUCCUGCUCGAGGUCGUCGGCGGUCCGGUUCCGUCGGUUUACAAUGUGGACUUCACCCGGGGGCCCCCGACCGAGAUCGAUAAUGAAAUUUCCACCAUGAACGACCAGGCCACAUUAGCGCCAUUAUUUCGCAUCCAGGAGCAGAUACCGCAGUUUAAAUUGCACAGCUUAGAACCGGGACGUGACUAUCAGCUGCUGGUGUACGCCGUCAACGCAAAGGGCAAAAGUGAUCCUCCGUUCGUUAUCGAUAAAGUGCGCGUCGGGUCGGCCCUCGUGCCACCGUAUGUGGACGAAACUAUCAUCUCGGAAGACCCAACGCCAGCGGAAACGUCCCACCAGAACAAGCAAAAGCAGCAGUCGCAGAUGGUGAUGUUCGCCGCCGUGGCAGCCGCCGUAGGAGUCAUCAUAACCUCAAUUAUCGUGGCCGGUUUCGUGGCGAUAUGCAGGCUCAAACGACCGAAACCACCCGAGCCCCAGGAAGUCCGGAAGCGCAUGCGACCUGCCAGAACCGAUGUGCCAUCAAUGUACGCCGAGGACGAUGUGUUCGAUGAUGAGUAUCAGCGGCAGCUGGAUGUGCGCUGCAGUCGUGCCUCGUCGACCAUUAGGAGUAGUCGUUACGUAUCGGAAGGAUUUGUACAGUAUUCGCAACCUAGUCUUAAUGUUUAUAUUGCAGAUCCUGAUCUGAUACUGCCGCGCGGAGGAGAUAUCGAGUUCACGACACUUGCCGGAGCUUAA